UCCGAGUUGUUUGUGAAAAUCGAAAAUCUUUGAUUGAAAAAUGCCUGAACACCAUUGUGACGACUGCUGUUAUAGGCUUCGAAUGAUGUUGAUUAAGUUUGUUUUUUGUUACAGUCCAAAAGAGCCUGAGUUUUUUUCAAGGCGAAGACGUAUAUUCCUAUCCAGGCCGGAACCCCACAACUGCAACAAACAUCGUGAUACGGAGUACGGAUUUUCCUACAUUGGAUGAAAACAAGGUUAAAGAAAACAUCAUGGAAGACAGUUUUAACCUUGGUGUACCAGAGCUUUGGUGUUGUUUAUGGAGAUUUAAGUCUCUCGCCACUGUAUGUAUAUCAAAUUAGUUAUGUUGAAAACUAUGAGUACUCGGAGGAAGAUAUUUUUGAAGUGCUGUCCAUAAUCAUCUGGACAUUGACUUUGGUGCCUCUAUUCAAGUAUGUCUUGAUUGUGCUGAGAGCUGAUGACAAUGGGGAAGGAGGGACAUUUGCACUUUAUUCGUUAUUAUGCAGACAUUCCAAUAUUAGCUUUUUGCCAAAUCUCCGAUCUGCGGAUGGGGAAUUUCUGACUGACAAAACAGAAGUAUUACAUGAUAAAACAAAUGUCUCAAGGGUCAAAUCAAUGCUUGGAAAGUAUAAAACUUUGCAGCUUGUGUUGUUAAUUGUGGCUUUGUUUGGCAGCAGUAUGGUUAUAGGAGAUGGGGUGCUCAUACCUGCAAUUACUGUGUUUUCUGCAGCUGAAGGGCUUAGAAGUUAUAUAAUUGACGAUACUGACCGUAAGUUCUUUUGCUUAAAGAAGCUCUAUAUUGAUUUUCUAAAAGUCAAUAGCCCACUGCUGUAUCCUGUCUUAUCUUGUUAAAUU